CAAAUUUCCCUCGCACUCGAAAGUUUUGUGACCGAGAAAAGACCAGAGAAAAUGACGGGAAGUGAAGAAAACAGUGAGAAAAUGGUCAAACAGAAGAGAGACAGAAGCCUACUCGCCUUCACCGGAGCUGCAGCUGUGCUUGCAAUUGCCGUCAACCUUGGCAUCACUGCCAUCAAACACCAGAGGGAGAAAAAUCGACGAAAAAAAGAUCUUCCGGGCUCCAAUGUGCGUAUUAACCUAUCAAAAUCUGAGAUUCUUAAGUUGGCAGACCAAAUCAUUGCGAAGUCAAAAGAGGUCCAUGAUGCUGUUGCUUCAGUCCCCCUCGACAAGGUUACAUACAUGAACGUUAUAUCACCUCUAGCAGAACUUGAAGCACAUCAAUUCCCGUUGAUACAAUCUUGUGUUUUUCCAAAGCUGGUAUCCACUGUGGAGGAUGUGCGCAAAGCUAGUGCAGAAGCAGAAAGAAAAAUAGAUGCUCAUAUGAACUUGUGCAGCAAACGUGAAGAUGUAUAUCUUGUUGUCAAAGCAUUUGCAGCAAAGGGGGAGUGGAUGAGUGCUGAAGCUAAAUGCUUUGUUCAAAUUCUGGUGAGAGACUUUGAGCGAAAUGGAAUGAACCUCACUGCAACCAAGAGAGAAGAGUUACUGCGUUUAAGAGCUCAUAUUGAUGAAUUAAGCUUAAGAUAUGUCCAAAAUCUUAGCGAUGAUGGCAGUUUUCUUCUCUUCAAUGAGUCAGAGUUAGCUGGUUUGCCUCCAGAGUUUCUCAAGGCUUUAGAUACAUCUGAAAAUGGAAAAUUGAAGAUCUUUUUGAGAAGUCAUCAUGUUUCAGCCGUACUUGAACUUUGCAGGGUAGGAACUACAAGGCAGAUGGUAGCAAGGGCAUAUGGGAAGAGAUGUGGAGAAGUCAAUCUUUCGCUUCUGGAAAAUCUGGUGGAACAGCGACAUAAAUAUGCUCGUUUACUUGGCUAUUCAAACUAUGCUGAAUAUGUUGUUGAUAUUAGGAUGGCAAGGACACCUUCAAAGGUGUUUGAGUUCCUUGAAGGCAUAUCAUCCAGUUUAGAUGACUUGGCCAUGAAGGAACUUGAUUUGUUGAAAAAUAUGAAGAAGAAAGAGGAAGGAGAGCGUCCGUUUGGAAUUGAGGAUUUAUUGUUUUAUGUAAAACGAGUUGAAGAGCAGAAUUAUACUCUGGAUUUUGGCGAGCUCAAACAAUACUUUCCAAUUAGUUUAGUGCUAUCUGGGAUCUUCAAAAUUCUCCAAGAUAUAUUUGGUUUAAGAUUUGAGGAAAUUGUAGGUGCUGAGGUUUGGCAUUCUGAUGUUUGUGUUUUCUCAGUCCUUGAUUUAGGUUCUGGUGAACUAUUGGGUUAUUGCUACCUUGAUUUGUACUCAAGGGAAGGUAAAUAUGGCCAUACUUGUGUGGUGGCUUUUCAAAACAAUGCAUCAAAAAUCAGUGCGGCACAUCAGGUUCCAGUUGCAUUAAUGAUCUGUCAGUGUCAAAAGGGUCUUGGCAGUAAUUCUGGAUUGUUGCGAUUUUCUGAAGUGGUCAGUCUUUUCCAUGAGUUUGGCCAUGUGGUUCAACAAAUCUGCAAUCGUGCAUCCUUUUCUAGACUUUCUGGGCUGCGUGUUGAUCCUGACUUUGUGGAAAUUCCUGCUCAGGUGCUAGAAAAUUGGUGUUUUGAAAGCUCUUCUUUGAAGUUGAUUACUGGAUUCCAUCAGGAUAUUACAAGGCCCUUAAAGGAAGGCAUGUGUAAAUCAAUUAAAAGAUGGAGGAACUCUUUUUCUGCACUCAAAUUGAAGCAAGAGAUUCUUUACUGUCUUUUUGACCAAAUCAUACAUUCUGCUGAUAAUGUAGACAUUCUAGAGCUGUUCAAACAUCUUCACCCUAAGGUGAUGCUAGGCUUGCCAAUGUUAGAAGGAACGAAUCCAGCUUCAUGUUUUCCGGCCAGUGUUAUAGGUUAUGAGGCUGCUUGCUACAGUCGUAUUUGGAGCGAGGUUUUUGCUGCUGAUAUAUUUGCCUCAAAGUUCAGCAAUGAUGUUUCAAACCAUCACGUUGGCAUGCAAUUUAGGAACAAGGUAUUGGCCCCCGGGGGAUCAAAAGAUCCCAUUGAAGUUCUAACAGCCUUUCUUGGAAGAGAACCAUCAAUUCAAGCUUAUAUUAAUAGAAGGGCCAACUAUACUUUGCAGGGAGUUUAGCAGGAUCGUCUAUCGGGUCGUUACUCUGCACGCUGGUCUUAUUUAUUGGCCCGUGAAUUUGUCUGUGUAUUGACCUUCGUUGAAAAGAUCAGAUUUUUAUGAUAAUUGUGCUGUUAAAUUUA